AGACAGAGCGGAGCCUCGUACUGCGCAUGUCCGCUGUCAGCUCUGCCUAUGGGACGAUCAUCAUGGCGGCGUGCAGGAGGUCAGUGCUGCUUGCCCGGUACCGGACAGGAUUCCUGAUGCCAGCCAGGUUCCUUUCUGAUGGUAAGCCUACCAAGUUCCAGCCGCCCGUCAAGCCAGUGUUUGUAGAUAAGAAAGAGCUGCAGGAAUCUUCGAGAAGGUUCUUGAGCCCAGAAUUUAUACCCCCCCGUGGCAGGAAAGAUCCACUUUAUUUUCAGAUUGAAAGGGAUGACAUGAUUGAAAGACGAAGGACCUUCAACAUUCCAGAAUUCUACGUAGGAAGUAUUCUUGCUGCGACCAUGUCCGAUCCCAAUGCAGGGGGAAAACUCCACAGAUUUGUGGGGCUUUGUAUCCAGAGGUCAGGAAAAGGACUCGGCGCCACCUUUGUUCUCCGAAAUGUGAUUGAGGGACAAGGUGUUGAGAUGAGAUAUGACCUGUACAGUCCUCGGAUGCAUGAAAUCCAAGUCCUGAAACUGGAGAAGAGACUGGACAGCGACCUGAUGUAUCUGCGUGACGCACUCCCUGAAUACAGCAAGAUUGAUGUCGACAUGAAGCCAGUCAUGUUACUGGGCUCUGAAAUUCCUGUAAACACAAUACAGGUGCAGAUGAAGCCUCGGCCGUGGUCCAAACGCUGGGAACAGGAAAAGUUCAACAUUAAAGGCAUUCGGUUUGAACAAUAUCUGCUGGAGAAACACAUUAAGAGAGCUAAGAAGUCUGCUAAACCUUGGGAAGAGUUUGAUAUGCUGAAGGAAUAUGAUACAACCAAGAUCGAGCAAAACAUAUUGCAAGAAUUAGAGCGGAAAAUGGCAAAAUCUAAAGACAAAUUGGAUGCUAACCAAUAGGACUUUGAUGCUGAGGACAGUUAUAAAAAUAAUAAAAAAUAAAGCUUAUUAUGGUUUUUGUAUGAAUACAUGACAAAUAAAAUUUCUUUUUGCUAACGGGCUUAUGAAAUCA